AUGCCCCUGUAUUACUCAUUGUCCAGCAGAGAAGUCUCACCAUCUUACUUGGACAGGAAGGACUGGGAGAACGCUGACAUCCAGGAUUCUACCAAGGUCGUGAUGCAAGAAGGAUUUUCAGAGGAGCUCCACAGCAGCCAACCAUGUGAGGGCAAACUAAAUGAGCAUGCUGGACCACUGGUUAACAGAAGAAGAAAGACAAUGGUGACAGGAGGUGGCGGCUACCUGGGAUACCAUCUGGGAUGUGCUCUUGUUAGGUCAGGAAUUGCUGUUGUUCUGUUUGAUGUACGCAAACCUAAAUGGGAAAUUCCAAAUGGAGCAGAUUUUUUCAAGGGUGAUGUGAGGGAUUAUGAUGCAGUGUUCAAAGCAUGUGAAGGGGUUGACUGUAUUUUUCAUGUGGCUGCAUGUGGAAUGUCAGGAUUAGAACAACUUCAAAAGAAAGACCAGAUUGAAUCCAUAAAUGUCGGAGGCACAAAAAUAAUAAUUGAUGUCUGCAAACAAAGAAAUAUCCCUAGACUGAUAUAUACCAGUACAGUGAAUGUGGUGUUUGGAGGGAAUCCUAUUGAAGAAGGAGAUGAAGAAACUGUGCCAUAUUUUCCACUGGAAAAGCAAUUUAAUCAUUAUUCUAGGACAAAGGCAAUUGCAGACCAAAUGGUUCUUGCUGCUAAUGGAACUUUACUCAAAGGAGGUGAUAAGCUCCAUACUUGUGUGCUUCGUCCACCAGGCAUAUACGGACCAGAAGAGCCGCGCCACUUGCCACGAGUAGCCGUAAAUAUCCAGCGGAGACUAUUUAACUUCAAGUUUGGGAAUCACAAAGUUCAGAUGAACUGGGUUCACAUAGGAAAUCUAGUACAAGCUCACUUACUAGCUGCUGAGGCUCUCACCUCUGAGAAGAGUUAUGUGGCUAGUGGUCAGGCAUAUUACAUACAUGAUGGCGAAAACGUCAUAUUUUCUGAAUGGAUAGUCCCUUUAUUUGAAAAAUUAGGCUACAGGAAACCCUGGAUACAUAUUCCUGUUCUUCUGGUUCAUAUAGCAGCCGCUGUGAUGGAAUAUCUGCACCUGAUACUAAAGCCUGUUUUUAGCUUUACACCUUUCUUGACAAGGAAUGAGGUAUGGAAUGUUACUGUAACUCACACUUUCCGAAUAGACAAGGCUCGAAAUCAACUUGGUUACAAACCCAAGAAAUUCUCAUUCGCUGAUUCUGUGGAUCAUUAUCUUAAAACAAGACCUACUUGCCAAGAAGAUCACACAUUCCUUAAAAUGGUGUUUGCUUUUGGCUUCUUGUUAAGUUUGAUCAUUCUUUCUUUCUACUAAAAUCUAAUAACUACCCACCUGUUCCAGGAAACCUCUUUUGUUUCUGAGUAUUAAUGAUCUGGCCAUAGUACAUCCCUCAGUCACUAAGGAUUUUAUUUUUCUUAUUAUUAUGAUGAUGACACCUCUGUGAUUUCAUUUAAAAAACCAAAACAAAACCCCACGAAAGUGAAAACACAGGACACAUCAGGAAAUGUUCUCAAAGGACAAUGCAGUGUCACAAACCCCAAGGAGUGCAUCACUAACAGUUGCAGGAAUAGUUUUAAUGGCUCUUCAUUAAUUGAUUGCUUCAUGCUGAGAAUGAUUUUCUAAAAAUGAUAAUUCAGGAGGGUAAGAAAUUGGAAGAAGACGAACCAUGGUAGGACUGCAGUGCUGUAACAAGUCAGUAGCUCCAAUGAAGAAAAGGUUGACUAAACAAUUAUUCUGAUGAAGCUACUGCUACUGUAUGCCAGUACGGGGAGUUAUGAAGACCUGGAAAAUAGUACAAAAAAUAUGAAAAGUAAAUAUUUAUAAAUAACAGAUAGUGAGAGGACUGAAAGUCGUAUUUAUGUAAAAUAGUUUUAUUGUUCAAAAGCUUUGUAAAAAUGUAAUAACACUGUGUUUGUAAAUCAAAUCAUAUCCUUUCAAUGCAAUAAUAAAUAAUAACUGA